AGACGUAACUCGGACACAUUUCUAACCGGCAUGCAUCUUGCGGUGAUCGGUUCUGCGCAGAUUUUGCUCAUCUCAAAUGAACCUAGUGAUUCACUGUGAAAUCACCACACACUGGCAACACCUGCUGCUUAAAACAGCUAAAUGCAACAAGUGCUACAAAAUUAGAUAUGUCCAAACACGCAGAAAACUCCCGGUGAUGCAACUGACGUCCAUGUGACACACAGUUUUUUAAAGAUGACACCUAUUAAAGAGGAGAGUGAAGACAUGACGAUUGCAGAAGCAUUUAAACAUGAAGAUACUGAGGAACAAACAGAUCUGAUGGCGCUGAAAGAGGAGAGUAAAGAUCUGAAUGGAAUAGAAGAGAAAGAUCUGAUUGAGAAACGUGAUUUCAUGACUGGAGAAAAAUCUUUUAGUUGUUCACAGGCUGAAAACCCCCAGAAGACAGGAACUAGAAGUUAUUUCACCUGCCCACAAUGUAAAAAGACAUUCAAUAAAAAAGGAAACCUUAAUGUCCAUAUGAGAAUUCACACCGGAGAGAAGCCUUUCAACUGCAAACAGUGUGGAAAGAGCUUUCCGCGAAAAGAAAAUCUUAAGACUCACAUGAGAAUUCACACUGGAGAGAAGCCUUUUACAUGUAAUCAGUGUGGUAAGAGUUUCACACAUAAAGGAACCCUUUAUACCCACAUGACUGUUCACACUGGAGAGAACCCUUACACUUGCAAACUGUGUGGAAAAACUUUGAAUAGAAAAGGAAAUCUUCAGACUCACAUGAGGAUGCACACUGGAGAGAAGCCUUUCACAUGUGAUCAGUGUGGAAAAUGUUUCACACGUAAAGAAAGCCUUAAUUACCACAUGAAGAUUCACUUAAGAGAGAGCUGUUUUACCUGUCAACAGUGUGGAAUUAGUUUGACAGAUGCAGAACGCCUUAAGAGGCACAUAAAAACUCACAUCGAACAUAAGCCUUUUAUGUGCCAUCACUGUGGAAUAAGUUGCACAAACAAAUCUGGCCUCAAGACUCACAUGAGAAUACACAUUUAAAUUUAGCUAUAAUGGUACAUACACACGUGGCGUCGGCGUUAACGCUUGAUGGAGAGCGUGGCUGAAGCUUGGUCCUGACGUAACCGUCACAGAGACGGCAGCCAAUCACAUUACUUUUCUGGUUUUGCAUUAAUGCGGUUGGCUAGUGUCUGCACUAGUAUAUUUGCAUAAGGUGAUCUGAUUGGCUGACACCUGUGUUGCUGCUUGAAAAGUUAAAAAGCUUUCAACUUCUGCCGCGAGCAACACCAGUGACGUGGCGCAACGGACCUUGGCAAUGCUUGACGUCUACAGAGGUGUCAAAUCCAGGUGCCAUGAGUAGAAGUCCUCCCCAGUAUUUU